GAUUAUGAAUCCACAGUCUCCAUUUAGAUCAUCCCCUUUGUAGAUGUACUAGGGAGGUUUAAGGUUCUCUGUUCAUUCCAUUGUGUGAUACUAGAGUUAGGAUUUAUUUUUUUCUUUUCGAUUUUAAUUUUUUGAGCUACAGUAUAUUAAUCUGUUCUUGUAUACUAUUUCAAUUAUUGUAACUUGUAACAGUUUGAACCGGAUAUUUAUUAGAUUUUGUAAUCAGAGAGAAUCAUAAAGAUUUAGGGAUUUUUGGGGGGGGGUUUUUUUUUUUUUUUUGGAUUUUUUUGCAUGUUCGUCGAGAUGGAGAAUCCUCGUAGACCAUUUGAUAGAUCCAGGGAACUGGGUCUAAAACGGCCGCGAUUAAGCGAGGACGCUGGUCCGAACCCUAACGGCCGACCGUUUUCACAGAGGAUGGUUGGUUCUGCAGCAACGACGAGGUUCAGGGGAGUUGAUUUUGAAAGCAAUGAUUCCGGCGGCGGUGGGGCGUAUGAGCCGCGGCCAACUCCUCAGCAGCAGCAUCAUGAGCUGAUUAGCCAGUACAGAACUGCUAUUGCAGAGCUAACGUUCAAUUCGAAGCCAAUAAUUACUAACUUGACGAUAAUUGCAGGGGAGAAUCUAUUUGCUGCCAAAGCCAUUGCUGCUAUCGUCUGCGCCAAUAUUCUUGAGGUUCCAAGUGACCAAAAGCUACCAUCACUUUAUCUUUUAGACAGUAUUGUGAAGAAUAUUGGGAAGGACUACAUAAAAUAUUUUGCUGCAAGACUACCUGAGGUAUUCUGCAAGGCAUAUAUACAAGUUGAUCCCUCUGUGCAUCAAAGCAUGCGACACCUUUUUGGAACAUGGAAAGGAGUUUUCCCACUGCAGACACUCCAAAUUAUUGGGAAAGAACUUGGUUUUUCUCCUUUGAUAAAUGGUUCAUCAUCUGGAUCUACAACAUCUAGGCCUGAUUCACAGUCACAGCGGCCACCACAUAGCAUUCAUGUAAAUCCCAAGUAUCUUGAGAGGCAGUGUCUUCAGCAGUCAAGCAGGGCAAAAGGAAUGCUUAAUGACAUUACUGAGGCUAUGACCGAUGUAAAGGAGAAUACUGAGAGGUCAGAUCGAGCAGCCAUUAUUUCUACUGGAAGGCCAUGGGUGGAUCCUUCUGUCAAAAUGAAUAGUGUUCAGCAUUCUAAUAGAGAUGCCCUAAGUGGACCUAUUCAUGAGAAAAGCAUUACUGCUGCAUGUGGAGACUAUGAGUAUGGUUCAGAUUUUUCACAGAAUUCUGGCUUGGGUAUUGUAAGAAACAGUGGAAGGAUUACUGAUAAAGCACAGGAUAGACCUUGGUAUGGCACUGGAAGCAGUGUUCAAGAGACUAUUUCCGGCCAAAGGAAUGGUUUCAAUGUCAAGCCAGGAUUGCGAAAUUACUCGGUGUCCAAAAAUGCUGAUCCUCGUCUUCGUGCAGCUCAUAACAUUGCAAAUAGAAGCAAUAAUGGAUUGUCUACCAGCUGGAAAAACUCUGAGGAGGAAGAGUUCAUGUGGGAUAUGCACUCAAGAUUGUCAGAUCAAGAUGUAGCAGCUAUCUCUAGUAACUCAAGGAAAGAAAAUUGGAUUUCCGAUAUUGAAGAAAAAUCGGAGUUUGGGAAUCACCUCAAUAAAACAAAAGGUAUUCAUGAUGUUGAGUCAAGGUUUGAUAGAGAAGCUUCUGCUGAAACUGAGCAGAAAGACCAAACUACUUAUGGAUCUCAGAUAUCACCUGCAUGGUCGUUGCAGGGGUCUAAGGAUGGGGAUGGAUCAAUUCGUCCUGCAGUAUCUACUAUUAAUUCUGUUAAUCCAGAGGGAUAUUCUGCUACUCUUGACAGGUUGACAAGAAGUACGAGUUCUUCUCUAGCCAGGAUGGGAGCUCAGCAACAAUUUGGUUUAUCCCAAGUUGGUAACUCUGGCUCUUGUAUUUUAGCAAGUUCGUCAUCAGGGUCCACUGGAAUGUUAAGCCACCAGCAUUUUCAAUCAGUGGGAACUUCGUCACCGCCUGAACUGUCUCCCAUGCACCAACGUUCUUCUUCACCAUCUUUUCCAGCUCGUCAUCCCUAUCAACAAACACAGAAUUCAGCUGAGGAAGACCAUCCACAAGCUCACUCCUCAACUCAGCCUGACUAUAAACCAUCUCAGUUUCCGGGGCUGUUGAAUACCAGGUCUCACAAUCGCUCUGCUAUUCAGGCCUCAUCUGCUUCAUUGCCUAGUUUUGGAACAUCCUCAAAACCAGGAAAUGAACCAGAUCAUUCAGAUCCUCAUGCUGUUGAAAUUUCAGGGUUGUCUAGUAGAAGUGGUUUGUUGGCUGCUGUCAUGAAUAGUGGAAUCCUCUCUAAAAAUUCAAUCACCAGCAGCUUACCUAAUCAGAGUGCUCUUGAUGGGGGUCAAAUGUCAUCAAAAUCAGGUGUCCAGCCUCCUUUACCAAGGGUGGAUCCUAAAACCUUUUCAGAUUCUGAACAGCCACCUCUGCCACCUGGUCCACCACCUUCAUCUCUUGUUGCUAGUGAAUCAGCACAACCUGCAGUUGAAAGUAAGGCCCCAAAUCCACUUUCCAACCUUUUGAGCUCAUUAGUUGCCAAAGGUUUGAUAUCUGCCUCAAAGACACAGUCUCAAUCUGUCUCGCCACCACAGAUGCCUACUCAAUUGCCGGACAAGAGCGCAAGCAUUUCUACUAUUAGCUCUAUUCCAGUUUCUUCAGUUCCAGUUUCAUCAGAUACUUCCUGUUCCUCCACCAAGGAUGAUGUAGAAUUGACAGAAUCUACUGGCAAGAAUUCUCCUAGCUUGUCACAAUUCACCGCAAUGGAAAUAGAAAACCUCAUAGGACUAGAUUUUAGGCCAGAUGUCAUACGAGAAUUUCAUUCAUCUGUGAUCAAUGCGUUGUUGGGUGACCUUACACAUCAGUGCAGCCUAUGUGGUCUUCAACUUAAACUUAAAGAACAGUUGUGUAGACACUCAGAGUGGCAUGCUAUGAGAAAUCUGGGUGCAGAUGAAGUGAUUGGGCCAUCAAGACGAUGGUAUGCAAGCUCAGGUGACUGGAUUGCUGGAAAGCCUGGACAAUUAAGAUUUGGAUCUGCUGGUUGUGGACACCAGUCUCAAGAGACAACUGAGAAGGGUGAGCCAAUGAUCCCUGCAGAUGAAAAUCAGGCUGCAUGUAUUUUAUGUGGUGAGUUAUUUGAAGAUUACUUUAGUCAAGAAAGGGGUGAAUGGAUGUUCAAUGGAGCAGUUUACAUGACAAUCCCAACCAAGGAUGGUGAGGUAGAUGAGAGUGUUGACAAGGGUCCCAUCGUUCAUUCAAGAUGUAUAUCAGAGAGUUCAUUACAUGAUCUGGGACUGGCUACUGAUGUUAAAACGGAAGAGGAUGCAAUGAUGCUUUAAGCUGGGAGCGAGCCCAUCAGAAGCCUGGUGCAAAUAUAGAAGCCGCAUAAUUUUGUCGUGCCUUGAAAUGUUGCUGAGAGUUGUUCGCUAGAUAUUGUCGUUUUCUCUCUCUGUCUCUCUAUCUCUCUAUUUUCUGAAAUCAUAGCCUGAUAAAAUACCUAUAAAUGCCACAUAGUUGCCUAAAUUAUCGUCGCUGAUGCAGGCUUAUAUAUUCCUACAUAUAUUGUUGUUGAUUUCACCAAAGCAGCUUUGCACUAGAAAACACUAGUGAAAGCACCCUGAACAUGUGCUAUCAACUUCACAACUAGUGAAUGGCAACAUUGGCAAGCCUGUGGAUGACUGAAUUUUAAAUCAAGACUUUUCCGGUUUGUUUUUCAUUCCCUCUCGUAGAUUUUGCGACUUCCAUUUCUCUGAUUGCCUUUUUCGGUCUUUCAUAGUUAAGCAUUGCUUUCUAGAGUCGUGGGGUUUGGGCAAACAGCAUGAGGACAUAAUAUG